CGUAUGAUGCCUAACUAUAAGCUAUUAGGCUGUAGCUUCCACUACGGCAUGUCGUUUCAUAGACCAGUUAUUGGACACCAGUUUAACCUGUAUAGCAGUUGAAGCGAAACCAGUUAGAGGCUAAACAGCAAGAGACGCAAAACGCCUCGUUUUCCCUUCUGAAACUGCCAUCCUUACCUUCUACUCUACCAUUCAAAUCCUCCAUUGCAAUGUCCCCUUCCCUUUGAAAACUUCAGAGUGAUUGCCAGUUUUUUUAUAGCAAGGCAAUAGGCAAAUGUCUCUGCUGUUUUCAUUUCUUUGAAUCAAAGAAGAAUCUUACAGAGGAAAUUUUCUCUAAUAUGAAAACUUAAAUGAGGUCCCUGAAAGAUGGUCUCAGAUGUCAACUCCAGUCCAUAAAAGUUGGGUUUACGCUGCCCAUCUUCACCUCCAAUCAACUCAUUAAUCUGUAUUCUAAUCAUGGACUUAUACGAGAAGCUCAAAAUCUGUUCGACGAAAUGCCUGACAGAAACGUCUUCUCUUGGAAUGCACUAAUCUCUGCUCACAUAAAAGCCCGCAACUUAUCACAGGCAAAACUUAUAUUUGAAUCCACUUCUGUUAGAGAUUUGGUCACCUAUAAUUCAAUAUUAUCCGGCUAUGUAAGCGCUGAUGGGUAUGAAACUUAUGCGCUUGAAUUGUUUAUUGAAAUGCUUAGGGACCGUUACAAGAUUGGAAUGGAUGAGUUUACUUUUACAACGAUGGUUAACCUGUUUGCUAAGCUAUCCAUGUUGUCUUAUGGGAGGCAGGUGCAUUCAUAUAUGAUUAAAACUGCUAAUGAUAUAAAUAGGUUUGCUUUGAGUUCUUUGAUUAACAUGUAUUCUAAAUGUGGGAGUUUUCAAGCGGCGCGUGAGAUGUUUAAUGGAGGUGAGGAAGUUGCUGAUAUAAUUUCAAAGAAUUCUAUGGUGGCCGCUUGUUGUAGAGAAGGUGAAAUGGACUUAGCUUUGAAUCUUUUUUGGAGGGAGAGUGAGUUUAAUGAUACAGUUUCUUGGAAUACAUUGAUUUCAGGUUUUGCUCAAAAUGGUUAUGAGGAGGAGUCAUUGAAGUUAUUUGUUUGCAUGAUGGACAAUGGUGUUAAAUGUAAUGAGCGCACUUUUGCUAGUCUUUUGAGCGCUUGCUCUGCUUUAAAGAACUUGAAGCUUGGAAAGGAAAUCCAUGCUUGGGUUUUGAGGAAUGGUUUGGGUUUAAAUCCAUUUAUGGAAAGCGGCCUCAUUGAUGUUUAUUGCAAGUGUGGGAAUAUGAAGUAUGCAGAAGCAAUGCAUUUGGCAAGUAGGAUUGAAAGCUCCUGUUUUGUCACUUCUAUGAUUGUGGGGUAUUCAUCUCAAGGAAACAUGGUGAAAGCUCGUAAACUUUUUGAUUCAUUAGAUGAGAAGAAUGCUAUUAUUUGGACAGCUUUGUUUACUGGGUAUGUGAAAUUACAGCAAUGCGAAGCUGUUUUUGAACUUUUUAUUGAGUUUAGGUCCAAGGAAUUAACGGUUCCCGAUGAUUUGAUCAUUGUAAGCUUGCUUGGUGCCUGUGCGCUGCAAGCUGCACUUAGUCCGGGAAAGGAAAUUCAUGGUUAUGUAUUAAGAAUGGGAAUUCUAAUGGAUAAGAAAAUGGCAACUGCUGUGGUUGACAUGUAUUCAAAAUGUGGCAGUAUAACAUAUGCAGAAAACACAUUCCAAAAAGUUACUGAAAGAGAUUCUGUCCUUUACAAUGUCAUGAUAGCUGGCUAUGCUCAUCACGGACAUGAGAAUGAAGCUAUCCAGUUGUUUCAGGAAAUGUUGGAGAAAGGAAUCAAGCCAAAUGAAGUUACUUAUGUUGCACUGCUAUCAGCUUGCCGUCACCGUGGACUGGUAGAUUUAGGUGAAAAAUUUUUUAAUUCCAUGACAGAUAAACAUAGCAUAUCACCUGAAAUUGACCACUACACAUGUAUGAUUGAUCUAUAUGGAAGGGCUAAUCAACUAGAAAAGGCAUUAUCACUCAUGAAAAAGAUUCCUAUAGAACAACAGGAUGCUACAAUCCUUGGGGCAUUCUUGAAUGCUUGUAGGCUAAAUAGAAAUGCAGAAUUAGCAAAACAGGUGGAGGAGAACCUGUUGAAGAUUGAGAGCAAAAAUGGAGCUCGUUAUGUGCAGUUGGCAAAUGUUUAUGCAGCAGAAGGGAACUGGGUUGAGAUGAGGAGGAUAAGGAAGCAGAUGAGAGGAAACAAAGCUAAGAGAUUUGCAGGUUGCAGUUGGGUAUACCUAGAAAAUGGAGUCCAUGUAUUUACCUCUGGUGAUAGAACACAUAGAAAUGCAUAUUCUAUAUAUUCAAUGUUGGCAUGUUUGAAUACUGAGCUAUAUGAAAUUUCUGGAGUAAUCUGUUAAGAAGACAAGGUUCUGAUUGUGGAGGGACACGUGUCAUUACACUAAGUAGUGAUACUGAAUAUAGUCAAUAUUCUUGAAAAUAAUAAAUUGAGCAUAAAAGAAAAAAAAAAUAAAAAUAAAAAGGCUGAGUUGGUCCGGACUGCGGGCCCAUCUGGGUGGAUUCACGUUCUAAUUCCGACACUGCAUGAUUGACUUGCAGAAUAACAAACAAAACCAGCUAAUUUCUGAGAUUUCUGCACCAUAGCUUCCCUCUUCAUAUAUAUAUUGAUUUUAGCUGUCUAUUGGAUGUCAAUUCUGCCAUUUUCUUUAGAUUC